AUGAAGCUUCUAUUCCCAAAGGAGCUUAUUGAUGAGAAUCUAGAAGGAUUCAAGGAGAAAAUACUCAUUGCAAGGAGAAAAGACUUGGAGGAUCAAGAUGCCUCUUGUCUCAUCUUCUCCUGUGCCAAGCCUUACAGUCAAGCUAAAGACUUAAAACAAGCGCUGCAUGGGAGGCAACCCAUGAGGAUAGAAGGAGAAAAAGGUGUGAAAAACACAAUCCGCGCCAAACCAUUGGCCGCGGACGCGCAAAAGAAAUUCUGGCCAAGCAAUUUCCAACCUGGCCGACCGUUACGGUCACGGGAAGGAACGGCUAUGCUCGGCCGGAUUGAUCUAUCGCGCAACACAGAACCGCCCGCACGGGACGCACGAACAGACAAGAAACGGGAACAAUGGCUCAUAUAG